AUGCAAGUGCUGAAGAAGCAGCUCCGGAAGCAUGGGAAGCCCUUAGAGCAGUUGUGCAAUCGGAUGGUAGAGGCACAGUCAAAGGAGCACAGACAGCCUUCUGAUGGCGGCAAACCUUUCAAGCUCAGUCGCCAACACUGUGGAGGGCUCUUGUUGCCUGAAUGUUGUCCGCCAGAGUACCAGAUGCUGAAGUGUCGGAACUUCACCAUUGCUCUAAAGGAACGGGACAACUGCUUCAUGCAAGAUGGCCACAUUGUUAUUGCGAGAAACAUAGCCCACAUGGGGGGCUCAAAUGAGCCUUGCAUUAUUGGCCAAGAGUUUCUUGUGAAGGAAGACCUGUACCCUGCACCCUUCGAGUCUUCCAGACUUGGCAUCUUCAUUGUUGCACGCCUCUCAACGCCAAAGCCAUGGCCUUUACGUAAUGUGCGGAAAAUGGUGAAGCUGCCCUGGGACAGCAAAUUUGUGGCUUUGCCAGAACUGCACACAAUGGCCUAUGCCAUUGUGGAGUUCCUUCGUCUAAAGCAGGUUGAAGUUGUGCCUGCGCAUUGUGCAUGGCCUGACCAGGCCAAAGGGGACAAGAUAAUUGUGAUGGUGAAAAAAGCAGUGCCACCAGAUGCGUCGUGGAGACGAUUUGCUGUGGUGCCAACAAAGGCAGCCCCCCGAAAAGUGCCCGCAGUACCGGCAGAUUUUCCUCAAGGCCUGUUCACUGCUGCAUCAAAGGAGGGAAGCAGUUCUGCAGGAAGACAAAGCUCCAGUGUGCCGGAUGACCUGGGAAAUUUUGCUCCUGAGAUUUGUGUGCAAGGUAGCAGCCACUCGCAAGCGCCCUCGGAUUCCUCCGAGAACGGCAGCAUUUUAGACACAGACAUAAGGAGCUUGGAGGAAUCCAGGUCACCUGUUGAAGGGCUUCAAGCAAGCGAGCUACAGGAUCCACAAGAUCAGGCAUUCAAGCAGCACGUCCUGCGGCUGUUAAACAUCAUGCGCUUCACGCUGCAGCAGCAUGGCGAGAUGCUCAACAAGCUCUGCGCAAUCCUUCCAGUCCACGCAGUUAUUGCACACCCAUCCCUCGUUGAACAAGCGUUCAACACACUACCUGACCUCCUGGCCUUUGAGAAAGAGUUGGAUGAAGAGAAGGCUCUACGUCUCGUUCAUGAGCUUAAGCAACUCGGGGGCAAGACUGCAAGCAAGGCCACGAAGCGGAUGCUGACGUAUCUGCUAACUGAUGAGCUAGCUGCACAGUUCUCGUGGAUCGGAAGAAAGGGGAAACUCAACUUUUCAGUUUUAAAGACUGCCACUGCAAUUACUGAUGCUGCAAAGAAGUUGCCAGGAGGUAAAGAUGCCAUUGAGGACGCGAUCAAGUCUUGGCUUCGGCACGCCCCUGAAAGGGCCAAGGGCCAAAGGUGCAAAGCACCUGAAGCGCACCAAAAUGAAGAGUCGGAUUGAGAGGCCUUGCAG